GCGGGGCUCCUGGAACUGUCUAUAGACAACUCUCAGCAGCUAGAGUCAGAACGGGAAGAGGAACUGGGACCCGGAGUGUCAGCACAGAGAGCUUCAAAUGGCGGCGCAAUGUGUGACCAAAGUGGAGCUGAGCAUUUCCUGUGACAACCUUCUAGAUAAAGAUAUUAGUUCCAAAUCUGAUCCUUUGUGUGCUUUCCUAAUGAACACCAAUGGCCAACAAUGGUUUGAGGUUGAUCGCACAGAAAGGAUUUCAAAUUGCCUAAACCCGAGGUUUGCUAAGAAGUUCAUGAUUGACUACUACUUUGAAAUAGUUCAGAAAGUGAAGUUUGGCAUCUAUGAUAUUGACAAUAAAAGCUACGAUCUGAGUGAUGAUGAUUUCCUGGGAGAGCUUGAAUGCACCCUGGGACAAAUCGUGUCUAGUAAGAAACUGACAAAACCACUUGUAAUGAAAAAUGGCAGACCAGCAGCCAAAGGAACAAUAACGAUAUUUGCAGAAGAGGUUAAGGAUAACAGAGUGGUACAGUUUGAAGCAGAAGCCAGAAAAUUGGACAAUAAGGAUUUCUUUGGAAAGUCGGACCCUUACUUGGAAUUUUACAGGCAGGCAGAUGAUGGAAGAUGGCAGAUGGUCCACAGAACAGAAGUGGUUAAAAAUAAUCUGAAUCCUGUUUGGAGACCCUUCAAAAUACCACUACGGUCCCUUUGCAACGGGGACAUGGAGAAGCCAAUCCGGGUAAGAAUAUUU